CCCGUGGCCUGGCCGGAUGGUCGCGCCCGGGGUUGCGGGAUUUGCGCCUGCGCAGUGCGGCGCCUAGAGGGAAAGCGAGAGGGAGACGGACGUUGAGAGAACGAGGAGGAAGGAGAGAAAAUGGCGUCCACGGAUUACAGUACCUAUAGCCAAGCUGCAGCGCAGCAGGGCUACAGUGCUUACACCGCCCAGCCCACUCAAGGAUAUGCACAGACCACCCAGCAGGCAUAUGGGCAACAAAGCUAUGGAACCUAUGGACAGCCCACUGAUGUCAGCUAUACCCAGGCUCAGACCACUGCAACCUAUGGGCAGACCGCCUAUGCAACUUCUUAUGGACAGCCUCCCACUGUAGAAGGGACCAGUACAGGUUAUACUACUCCAACUGCCCCCCAGGCAUACAGCCAGCCUGUCCAGGGGUAUGGCACUGGUGCUUAUGAUACCACCACUGCUACAGUCACCACCACCCAGGCCUCCUAUGCAGCUCAGUCUGCGUAUGGCACUCAGCCUGCUUAUCCAGCCUAUGGGCAGCAGCCAGCAGCCACUGCACCUACAAGACCGCAGGAUGGAAACAAGCCCACUGAGACUAGUCAACCUCAAUCUAGCACAGGGGGUUACAACCAGCCCAGCCUAGGAUAUGGACAGAGUAACUACAGUUAUCCCCAGGUGCCUGGGAGCUACCCCAUGCAGCCAGUCACCGCACCUCCAUCCUACCCUCCUACCAGCUAUUCAUCUACACAGCCGACUAGUUAUGAUCAGAGCAGUUACUCUCAGCAGAACACCUAUGGGCAACCGAGCAGCUAUGGACAGCAGAGUAGCUAUGGUCAACAAAGCAGCUAUGGGCAGCAGCCUCCCACUAGUUACCCACCCCAAACUGGAUCCUACAGCCAAGCUCCAAGUCAAUAUAGCCAACAGAGCAGCAGCUACGGGCAGCAGAGUUCAUUCCGACAGGACCACCCCAGUAGCAUGGGUGUUUAUGGGCAGGAGUCUGGAGGAUUUUCCGGACCAGGAGAGAACCGGAGCAUGAGUGGCCCUGAUAACCGGGGCAGGGGAAGAGGGGGAUUUGAUCGUGGAGGCAUGAGCAGAGGUGGGCGGGGAGGAGGACGCGGUGGAAUGGGCAGCGCUGGAGAGCGAGGUGGCUUCAAUAAGCCUGGUGGACCCAUGGAUGAAGGACCAGAUCUUGAUCUAGGCCCACCUGUAGAUCCAGAUGAAGACUCUGACAACAGUGCAAUUUAUGUACAAGGAUUAAAUGACAGUGUGACUCUAGAUGAUCUGGCAGACUUCUUUAAGCAGUGUGGGGUUGUUAAGAUGAACAAGAGAACUGGGCAACCCAUGAUCCACAUCUACCUGGACAAGGAAACAGGAAAGCCCAAAGGCGAUGCCACAGUGUCCUAUGAAGACCCACCUACUGCCAAGGCUGCCGUGGAAUGGUUUGAUGGGAAAGAUUUUCAAGGGAGCAAACUUAAAGUCUCCCUUGCUCGGAAGAAGCCUCCAAUGAACAGUAUGCGGGGUGGUAUGCCACCCCGUGAGGGCAGAGGGAUGCCACCACCACUCCGUGGAGGUCCAGGAGGCCCAGGAGGUCCUGGGGGACCCAUGGGUCGCAUGGGAGGCCGUGGAGGAGAUAGAGGAGGCUUCCCUCCAAGAGGACCCCGGGGUUCCCGAGGGAACCCCUCUGGAGGAGGAAACGUCCAGCACCGAGCUGGAGACUGGCAGUGUCCCAAUCCUUCAAUUGGUGAUUUCUGCUGUGAUGUAAUUGUAUGCAGGGGUUGUGGAAACCAGAACUUCGCCUGGAGAACAGAAUGCAACCAGUGUAAGGCCCCAAAGCCUGAAGGCUUCCUCCCGCCACCCUUCCCACCCCCGGGUGGUGAUCGUGGCAGAGGUGGCCCUGGUGGCAUGCGGGGAGGAAGAGGUGGCCUCAUGGAUCGUGGUGGUCCCGGUGGAAUGUUCAGAGGUGGCCGUGGUGGAGACAGAGGUGGCUUCCGUGGUGGCCGGGGCAUGGACCGAGGAGGCUUUGGUGGAGGAAGACGAGGUGGCCCUGGGGGGCCCCCUGGACCUUUGAUGGAACAGAUGGGAGGAAGAAGAGGAGGACGUGGAGGACCUGGAAAAAUGGAUAAAGGCGAGCACCGUCAGGAGCGCAGAGAUCGGCCCUACUAGAUGGAGAGACCCCGCAGAGCUGCAUUGACUACCAGAUUUAUUUUUUAAACCAGAAAAUGUUUUAAAUUUAUAAUUCCAUAUUUAUAAUGUUGGCCACAACAUUAUGAUUAUUCCUUGUCUGUACUUUAGUAUUUUUCACCAUUUGUGAAGAAACAUUAAAACAAGUUAAAUGGUA